AUGUUUGGGAUUCAAGAUACUUUAGGAAGAGGGCCAGCUCUGAAAGAGAAGUCGCUGAGCGCCGAGAUGGAUUCGGUCAGAUCCUGGGUCAGGAACGUCGGCGUGGUGGACGCCAAUGUCGCGGCGCAGAGCGGAGUCGCCCUGUCCCGCGCGCACUUCGAGAAGCAGCCGCCCUCCAACCUGCGCAAGUCCAACUUCUUCCACUUCGUGCUGGCGCUCUACGAUCGGCAGGGCCAGCCCGUGGAGAUCGAGCGCACGGCCUUCGUGGACUUCGUGGAGAACGACAAGGAACAAGGCAAUGAGAAGACCAACAAUGGCACCCACUACAAGCUACAGCUCCUCUACAGCAAUGGUGUCCGCACGGAGCAGGACCUGUACGUCAGGCUCAUUGACUCGGUCACUAAGCAGCCCAUCGCUUACGAGGGACAAAAUAAGAAUCCGGAAAUGUGCCGAGUUCUUCUGACACACGAAGUCAUGUGCAGUCGAUGCUGUGAAAAGAAAAGUUGUGGAAACCGAAAUGAGACUCCUUCAGACCCUGUCAUCAUCGACAGAUUCUUUUUAAAAUUUUUCCUCAAGUGCAAUCAGAAUUGUUUGAAAACAGCAGGAAACCCAAGGGACAUGAGGAGGUUCCAGGUUGUGUUAUCAACAACAGUGAAUGUAGAUGGACAUGUGUUGGCUGUUUCUGACAACAUGUUUGUUCAUAACAACUCUAAGCAUGGGCGGAGAGCGAGAAGACUGGACCCUUCAGAAGCUACCCCCUGCAUCAAAGCCAUUAGCCCAAGUGAAGGCUGGACCACAGGAGGAGCCAUGGUCAUCAUCAUUGGGGACAACUUCUUUGAUGGCCUCCAAGUGGUGUUUGGGACCAUGCUUGUAUGGAGCGAGCUCAUCACUCCUCAUGCCAUCAGAGUGCAGACUCCUCCUCGGCACAUCCCUGGAGUGGUGGAAGUGACUCUGUCUUAUAAAUCCAAGCAGUUCUGCAAAGGAGCUCCAGGGAGGUUCAUUUAUACAGCAUUAAAUGAACCCACCAUAGACUAUGGCUUCCAGAGGCUGCAGAAAGUCAUCCCAAGGCAUCCUGGAGAUCCAGAGAGAUUAGCGAAGGAAAUGCUGUUGAAAAGAGCUGCGGAUCUUGUGGAGGCCCUGUAUGGCACACCACACAAUAACCAGGACAUCAUUUUGAAGCGAGCCGCAGAUAUUGCUGAAGCCCUCUACAGUGUCCCCAGGAAUCCCAGCCAGAUCCCAGCUCUCUCCAGCUCUCCUGCUCACAGUGGCAUGAUGGGCAUCAAUUCUUAUGGCAGCCAACUUGGAGUCAGCAUCUCAGAGUCAACCCAGGGAAAUAAUCAAGGUUACAUCCGCAACACAAGCAGCAUCUCUCCUCGGGGCUACUCUUCCAGCUCUACCCCUCAGCAGUCUAACUACAGCACCUCCAGUAACAGUAUGAAUGGCUACAGCAACGUCCCCAUGGCCAACCUGGGCGUUCCAGGGUCACCAGGAUUUCUAAACGGCUCCCCCACAGGCUCCCCUUAUGGAAUCAUGUCAUCAAGUCCCACUGUUGGAUCUUCCAGCACGUCUUCCAUCCUCCCAUUUUCCUCUUCAGUUUUUCCUGCUGUCAAACAGAAGAGUGCCUUUGCCCCUGUCAUCAGGCCCCAAGGCUCCCCUUCGCCUGCCUGCUCCAGUGGCAAUGGAAAUGGAUUCAGAGCCAUGACCGGACUUGUCGUGCCCCCGAUGUAA